AGAAGGAAAUAAGAGAGCAUAACACUCCACUUCUGUUCAUUGGAGAGAGAGAGAGAGAGAGAGAAUCAAAGCCAAGGCUCAUGAGUCAGUGUAUGGUACCCAAAUGGAAUCUAAGGCACCAAAGACAAGAACAGCAAGUAGAAGAAGAGGGAAACAGAUCUUCUCACGUGCUCAACCAGCAGAAUAAUCCCAGUCUUGUAUUUGUCCCUAUGUCAAAUUAUGAAGUUGCAGAGCUGACAUGGGAAAAUGGCAAGCUAGCCAUGCACGGCCAUGGUGGGAUCAAUAUUCCCACUGUCCCAACAAAGCCCACAUGGGGUGCCACAGGGGACACACUAGAGUCCCUUAUCAAUCAAGCUACAUACCAUAACCACAACCUAAAUUCAACCCGACACGACCAGAACCCGACCAAUAUAAGCUCCAUCGUUGCAUCUUCAGGCGGGAAACGGGGCAAGAGCUCGAGCCACCUGCAAAUGGAUCGAGGUAUGGUGAAAAAAGGUCGUGUUGGGUCGGAAUCUGAUCGGUGUGGGAGAAAUUUCAGCAGUAGCGUUGCUCAAGAGGAGCGAGGAGACCGUAGCGCUUGUGCUAGUGCUAGUGCCAAUUUUGUUAGGGAAAAGGAUGCAACUUUGAUGACUUGGGCUUCCUUUGAAUCUCCUCCUCCGAGCUUGAAGACUAAAACCACUGAUGAGGAUUCAGCUUGUGAUCUUGAUGGCUCGGAAAACCGGGACGAAGAACAUGAGACCAAAGGGGAUACAGUCCGCUCCCACUCAACAAGACGAAGUCGUGCAGCUGCUGUUCAUAACCAGUCGGAGCGGAGACGCAGAGAUAGGAUCAAUCAGAAGAUCAAAGCUCUGCAGAAGCUGGUGCCAAAUGCAUGUAAAACUGACAAAGCUUCAAUGUUGGAUGAGGUGAUCGAGUACUUGAAACAACUUCAAGCACAAGUUCAAAUGAUGAACACUGUAAGAAACAUGCCCCAAAUGAUGAUGCCUUUAGGAAUGCAGCAACAACUCCAAAUGUCUCUCCUAGCCCGAAUGGGCAUGGGGGUCGGGUUCGGGGUGGGCAUGGACAUGCUUGACAUGACCAAUGUGGCAAGACCUGUGGCUCAGUCUCUCCCUCCUGCCCUCAUCCACCCAAACCACCCCGUUGCCGCUGCCUCGACCGCCUUUGUUCCACCUCCCUUUGUCGUACCGCCGAUGAUCCCAGCUCGCUCUCCGGCUCAAGCGACAGCUGGUGCCACUACCAGCUCUCCGGUGCCUUUCAGUGAUCCAUAUUGCGCGUUUCUAGCACAAUCCAUGAAUAUAGAUCUGUACAACAAGAUGGUAGCCCUCUACCGACAAGUCAACCAAACCACACAGCCAACAAGCAGCCCAUCACAGUCAAAUCACUAUCAAGGGGAACGAUGAAGAUAUGUAUCUAAUUGUAUUCAACCACUGAGAAGCAGCUAAUAUAUGAGAAGAAAAUGAAAUUGUCAAGAUCUAAAUGUCUUUCUUAUAAAUCAACUGGAAUGUGAUUAAUUUGGACCAAUUUUUAUAUAAAAG